AGCCUGAGAUCUUCCCAGAUCCAACCCGACCAACGGUUGGAGCGACCCGCAGAGCAGAGCAAACUAUGUGAAUGAGUCUGUCCUCUUCUUCGAGUUUUUGUAGAUUCUUUCCCGAUCAAUCCUAAGCCAAGAAACUCCGAAAAUCACCGUUCAGAUUCAGAUCUACUGCUCCUCCAUUGCCGUUUUGAUCUCAAAUGUCCAACUUUCAUUGUAUAGUCAAUCAGUUUUGGUAGAUUCCUUUUCAUAGAUCUCGCUCUCUGCUGCAUUUCCAUACAUGCCCUAAAUUUGUCGCCAUCUAAUCUGGGAACCCUACUUUUUGCAGUUCACAGUCGAGCAUCGUGACGGCUUUUCCGUGGAAAUUAUUGUGAUCUUGUAAUAUCACCAGAAGACCUAAUUUUUUACUUGAAUUUGGUCUGCAUAUGAUAAGCUGAAACGCGAGGUUUCAGUCUUGUGUACUGGGCCAUCUCUGCGUCAAAUGUCGCGAAAUGUUUUGCGUUUCGAAUCUGAGCAAUUUAGGUUUUAAUUUGAAGGGAUUCCACAGAUCUUCGUAGCUUCGGAUCAGCAGCUCCCAUGGGUUCUUCGCAAUCCGUACAAGUAGACGAAGAAGAGGACGAGGAUGAAGAGGAGGAGGAAGAAGAAGGCGACCAUAAUGUCGACGGCACAGAUAUAAGAAGAGGGCUGGACAACCAUUCGGAGAAGAAGGUUCUCGAACAAGAGCCGGAGAUGCUGCCGUGCCACGCUUCCGCAUCUCCUUUGUCCCCUCAGCUCUCCGCCCUCGGCACGCCCCGUCUCGGGCCGUCGAUCAAGGUGUGGGACCCCUACAACGUCCUCGCUCCCCCGCCACCGCCGCCGCCGCCUCCCCGUUUCUCGAGGAGCUUCUCCUUAGACACACUCGACGACGAUCGGACGGUGACAGAGGUCUUCCUGAUCAGCCAUGGGGAGUGCGAGAUGAGCCUGAGGCCGGAUUUGGUCGCCGGCCGGUGCCCGGAGACGGCACUGACAUCCAACGGGAAGCGGCAGGCGAGGGCUCUGGCGGUGUUCUUGAAUUCGCAGGGGGUUCGGUUCAAUGCGGUUUAUUCGUCGCCGUUGGAUCGGGCUAGAGCAACUGCGGUUUCAGUCUGCCAGGAGAUGAAUUUUGUGGAGGAACAGAUUCAAACCUCAGAUGCGCUUGUGGAUAUGAGUCAGGGGCAUUGGGAAGGCUGCCCUCGAUCUGAAAUAUACACCCCAGAAACAUUAAACUUGAUUGACAGAUUUCAGCCUGAUUUCUCUGCACCCUCUGGAGAGUCGCUUAGGCAGGUGGAAUUCCGGGUGGUGCAGUUCUUGAAUGGAACACUUCUGGGACUGCCCGACAAGUUGAGGGCUGAUUUUCACCCACUUCACCAGAGCGCGAGUCAAGUGUUUUCGCACAACCCACAUGCUCUUGCCAACUCAGUUCAUGACCGAGAUGGGACUUGUCUCCCACAUCCCCACUGGGAUUUGCUCCACCGAACCCGGCAAGGGCUUUCGAGGAAGAAGUCUGGUAAGAGCAGGCUGCAGUUUGUGACCACAACCGGAGAUCAUGAGGCUGAGGAUGAGAUCUCUCCUCGAGAAGUCAGCAACAGAAGCUCCCUUCAUGAAAUGAGCUCCAGAAGCUCCUCCUCUUGUGUUUCCUCUAUUGGGGUUUUCACUCAUUCGGUGCCAAUUACGUGUCUCAUCACAGGUCUCUUGGGCUGUAGCCCAGUAAUGUCAAAUAAGAUUUGCAUAGAAGAUUCGUCGGUGACUGUAUUACAACAUGCAUGGAAGACUGGGUGGCAAGUAAAGAGAUUGAACGACACUGCACAUCUUAGACUCCUAUAGUCGGGAAAGACGAGGUCUUUAAGCAUCGGCUGGAAAUUGGCAUCGACCCAACGUAUCUAUUGAAUUUGUAUGCUACAACAAGUCAUGAUUUUGCAUAUAUAAGUGAUACUUUCUACACCUUGUAAGUUGUAAUUUUCCUUACAUAUAUAUUUGUCCAGACCCAGCUCUGAACAAGAAGGAAAGUACUGUGAGAGUUGGAUCUCCAUCUUGGGUAAUUCUUUUGAUAAUUUGAUUUGUAGUGUUCAUUGAGAUUGAGGGCUGUUAUAGUGAGACUCAUGUUAUUUCCCAAUUUGGGUUAACAAUAAGUUGUUUUGAAAAUUUAUUUACUUGAGUGAA